GUGAAGAAAGAAAGAAAGAUUCAUUUAUUGUUAUUUUAGUUAUAGUAAUAGGUAACAGUUUGUGAUUGGAUGCAUUUUUCAUUUUUGUUAGAAUCCAAAGUGAUUCAGACUUCAGAUACGGGUUGACCCGCUAGCAUAUUCGGAGCGACCCGACGAAGAAAAACGCAGCUGAAACUAUUCUCUGAAGUCAGAAAACGUUGAAAAAUCUCAAAAGGCAGAUUGAUCGCCGGCGCUUUUUAUCAUCCCCAAUGUCGACGGCUUCAGCAACCGCGGUGGUGGCACUAAUCAACCACCACGCCACAUACGGCGCGGAGAAGCUCAGGCCGCGCUCUCUAUCCUCCCAUCUUAAUCCAUUCGCCAAAAAAGCGCUGCAUAUCAGCAGAUUUUACGCCCCUUCAAACAGGACUUUUCACAAACAGCUUACCGGCGUCAAAUUCCGGAGACCUUUCUCCCCCGUUAUGGAGUGGCAGGAUUGCACGGUGAAGAAGGAGUUAGAUGUCCCGAUUUCGGUUGCUUAUAAGUGUUACUCUGAUCGUGAAGCCAUUCCUGAGUGGAUGCCGUUCAUUUCAUCUGUGAAGAUUUUGGAGGAUAAACCUGACCUAUCAAGAUGGGCACUCAAGUAUAAAGCAUUUGGGCGUGAUAUAGAGUUUUCUUGGCUUGCUCGAAAUAUGCAGCCUAUACCAAACCAGAAAAUCCAUUGGAGAUCUCUCGAGGGUCUUCCUAAUAGGGGAGCUGUAAGAUUCUUCCCUAAAAGCGCUAGUUCUUGUUUGGUAGAACUUACUGUUUCGUAUGAAGUUCCACCACUGUUGACUCCAGUGGCAUCUGCGCUCCAACCUUUUCUCGAAAGCUUGCUCGGUCGUGGCUUGGAACGGUUUGCGCAGUUCGCUAAAACUUAUUCCACUGAAUCAACAGCAUAGGUACUGAAUAAUUGUUUGUGCAGAUGAGAAGCUAAUGAGAUACUUGUGUACUUGUAAAGAUCAAUUCUUGUUGGCAAUAGAGUUUUCAAUUGUUUCUA